AAACUCCUUCAUAUUCCUUUCGAGGGGAAGAAACGCUGCUGUGAGCGACAGAGAAAGCGCAAGACAAACACGAACAUUUGCAGCAGUUUACUUCGGUUUUGACUCUUUGAAUUUUCGUAUUCCGCGAGACACUCGUGCGAGUUUAUGAAUGACAAAUUCCCAAACAGCAAAGACGUGGAAGUUGUCUCACGGUUCAUCUACGCACCUGGACCAAAACCUUGUGUUUGCUUCAGCUAGUUUAAACGUGACUUUUCCCCCCUCGCUACUUUUGCAGAAACAGACGCGUUGCACGAGAGAAAUCUGGCUGGGUGGCUUGUUUUGAUUCACUUCAGCGUGGGGCAUUUUCUUCGGAGAUCGCUUGUUGUGGAGUAAUGCUUUACAAACCAAAAUAACUCCAAGAAGAAGUCCACUUCAACACAACCCAGUGUUCAGAAUAACAUCCAGAGGUAGCUCUAUGCUGCUGGUGUUGAUGGCCCAGCGCUGCCCACAGCUGUGUGAAUGAGCUGUUUCAUCCCACCCUCUUCGUCCAGCUGCCGUGGCAUGACUUCUCUCAGGAUGAUGAAGUCAUGGCAUUUGCUUCUCCUGUGGGUUGUUCUAGCUCACCUCCCCUUGGCCCACUCCCGUCCCGCAGUAACCGAACAAGGUCACGCAGUAGCGUCUUCCGAGGAUGAGGACGACGAUGAGUCAUCGUCAGAAGAGAACAAGCCGUCAAGUAGCCAGGAGCUCUUACCAAUGGCACCUCACUGGGCUCAGCCUGAAAAGAUGGAAAAAAAGCUUCAUGCCGUUCCGGCCAGCAGAACGGUGAAAUUCCGAUGUCAGGCCGAGGGAAACCCAACUCCGAAACUACGCUGGCUCAAGAAUGGAAAAGAGUUCAAAAGAGACCAGCGCAUCGGGGGCUACAAGCUGCGGGAACACAUGUGGACCAUAAUCAUGGAGUCUGUGGUGCCCUCAGACAAGGGCAACUACACAUGCCUGGUGGAGAAUGAAUACGGAAGCAUCAAUCACACCUAUCAGCUGGAUGUAGUGGAGCGAUCACCUCACAGGCCCAUCCUGUAUGCUGGUCUCCCUGCAAACCGAACGGCUGUGGUUGGCAGUGACGUCGAGUUUGUAUGCAAGGUUUUCAGCGAUCCCCAGCCUCACAUCCAGUGGCUCAAACACAUAUUGGUGAACGGAAGUCAACUGGGACCUGAUGGACUCCCUUACGUACGCGUCCUAAAGACGGCUGGCCUCAACACCACCGACAAGGAGAUGGAGGUGCUCCAGUUGAGGAAUGUGUCCUUUGAGGAUGCUGGGGUGUAUACUUGCUUGGCGGGCAAUUCUAUCGGGAUCUCCCAUCAUUCAGCAUGGUUGACCGUUGUCAAAGCACCCAUCGCUCCCUCUGCAGUUCCCAGUCAGUCCUACCUGGAGGUGUUGAUCUACUGCGUGGGAUUCUUCCUCAUCUUCCUCAUGGUAGGAAUCGCCACCAUCGUCAAAGUCCGCAGCUCCUCCAAGAAGAGCGACUUCAACAGCCAGCUGGCCGUCCAUAAGCUGGCCAAAAGCAUUCCUCUCCGCAGACAGGUGUCGGUGGAAUCCAGUUCGUCUCUGAACUCUGGUGUGAUGUUGGUCCGACCUUCGCGACUUUCCUCCAGCGGGACCCCCAUGCUGUCAGGGGUCUCUGAGUACGAGCUGCCCCAGGACCCGUGCUGGGAGGUGCCCCGAGAGAGGCUAGUACUUGGGAAACCUCUGGGAGAGGGCUGCUUUGGUCUGGUGGUGAUGGGUGAAGCCAUUGGAGUGGACAAGGACAAGCCCAACCGAAUAACGAAAGUCGCUGUGAAGAUGCUGAAAUCUGACGCCACUGAGAAGGACCUGUCGGACCUCAUCUCAGAGAUGGAGAUGAUGAAGAUGAUUGGAAAACACAAGAACAUCAUCAACCUGCUCGGAGCUUGUACCCAGGAUGGCCCUCUUUAUGUCAUUGUGGAAUACGCCUCUAAAGGAAACCUGCGGGAAUACCUGCGUGCCCGCCGACCGCUUGGCAUGGAGUACUGUUACAAUCCUGACCAGGUUUCUAUCGAGAGCAUGUCUAUUAAAGACUUGGUCUCCUGUGCCUACCAGGUGGCCCGUGGCAUGGAGUACCUGGCAUCCAAAAAGUGUAUCCAUAGAGACUUGGCAGCACGCAAUGUACUUGUAACAGAGGAUAAUGUAAUGAAGAUAGCAGACUUUGGUCUGGCCCGGGACGUUCAUCACAUAGAUUACUACAAGAAGACUACAAAUGGCCGGCUGCCUGUCAAAUGGAUGGCACCGGAGGCUUUGUUUGACAGGAUUUACACGCAUCAAAGUGACGUGUGGUCUUUUGGGGUCCUUCUGUGGGAGAUCUUCACUCUGGGGGGCUCGCCGUAUCCCGGAGUCCCUGUGGAAGAGCUCUUCAAGCUACUGCGAGAAGGUCAUCGCAUGGACAGACCCUCAGCCUGCACUCAGGAGCUAUACCUGAUGAUGAAAGACUGCUGGCAUGCGGUUCCCACACAUAGGCCAACUUUUAAACAGCUGGUAGAAGACCUUGAUCGCACCCUGUCCAUGAUGUCCAAUCAGGAGUAUCUGGACCUCUGUGUGCCCCUGGAGCCCAUGUACUCUCAGGUCAUCCUGAAUGAACGAAGUUCCACCUGCUCCUCCGAGCCGGACUCUGUCUUCUUAAGAGAGUCUGAACCUGAAGAACCAUGCAUCCCCCAAAUAGUUCCCCCACAACAAACUGUUCGGUCCUUCAAAAAACGCUGACAGUAGAGAACACCUGGACCUCUAUUUUCACAGAGGAUCUCUAUAUUUCUCUGCUUCCUUUGACUCAUAAACUCUGCAGGCUCAGAGACUGAGGAGUUCAGCCUGGGCCGUUCUAGCACAGAAACGCAAGCAGGAGGAAACGUUUCAUACCAGCCAACACUCAAAAUCAAGACUGAUCAAAACAGAGAGGCUUGUGUGGGGAACUACCAAACGUUUUGUCCUUCAGAGGGAUUGAUCCUCACAAAUAAGAUGUUCAAAAAGCAUCGGAAAGAUGAAAAGAAUGCUUGUCAUCGCCAACAAAGUCAAUGGGUUGGAAAAGUAAUUGCAAGUGUUACCCAUUAGAGUAUGCUGGCUGUGUAAAUGCGGUUAAAUUGUACAAAUAUGAAAUUAUAUAAACACUAUUGUUUUAUAUUACUAUUAUUAUAAUAAUUAUUAUUUUUGUAUGAGCUUGUUAUUCCUUUUUUUUUUGUUCAAGAAACCUGAUCCGCAACACCAUGUCCUAACCAGCUGCAACCGUGACAAGCAGCAUUUUGUCACUUGAUUCUAUUUCUGCAGUGUGGCUCUGGAUAGCCCCGCCCACAAUUAAAUCUCAUUAGUCCAAAAUCAUGCUACACAUGAUAUAAUAAUUUAACAGAAGUGUGUCAUUUGUGACUCAACUUAAUAUGAUAAGAACAACACCGUUUGUAAGUUCAGGUUCCCUGAAAAAUGUUAUCUGACCGGCUCGACAUAUAUUGAUAUAUUGACCAAAAGCUUGAAUUGGGGGCGGGACUAUCUGUUUGUUUGACCAAUGGCAAAACCAAUGAAGUGAAUGUUUAGGAAACCUGUCUGAAAAUAGUUAUUUGAUAGUAAUUUUUGCCAUUUGGCAAUGCUAGUCGUGAAGAAAUUACACACUUAAUCUUUAAACGUCAAAUAUGUUCCGACUGGCUGUGGUUGCCUGGAAAAAUUCAAUGUGGAAAAAUUAACUUAUGGUUAUAAAUGUAAUGUUGUGCCUAGUUAGAAGAUGGUGUCACACAGAUUUAUGGGAGUUUCUAUAUGUUGAAAUAAGCUACAAAUGAAAUCUGUUAUUCUUUGCUUGCUGUUAUGGUCUUAAGGUGCGAUUACUGUUUGUUUGGUGUCCUGCAACGCUAAAUUCCAGUAAUGUGAAUGAAUGUUAAGUAACUAUUAAUAUGAAACAGCUAGAAUAUGUAUGUCUGUUUAGUGUCAGCAUGGUGGUUGACAAUCUGUUUGCACCAGUUUCAAAGCAUAGCAUGUCUACAUUGUUUUAAGCUAGACUCUCAAACGACAGGGUUUAUAUGACAGGUUUGGCAACUUGUUGUGAGGAAUGGUGUAAAUUAGUUCUCGAAUAGAGUUUUGAUGCUUGUGUAAUUAUGUAUGUCCUGAUGUGAAUUGAGGCAGUGGCCAUGCACUUAUAUUCAGGCUGUCAAUAAGCUGACUGAAAUUGCCUUUCCUGGGGGAAUAUAAAUAAAAUAAAAUGUU